CGCCGGCCCCCCGAGCCCGGGGCGCGCGCUCCAGCCCGGGGGUCCCCGCGGCGCCGCGGCCGGAGGCUCCGGGGCAGCGCAGCAAUGGCCGUGCGCAGGCUGGGGGCCGCGCUGCUGCUGCUGCCGCUGCUAGCCGCCGUGGAAGAAACCCUGAUGGACUCUACUACAGCGACGGCUGAGCUGGGCUGGAUGGUUCAUCCCCCAUCAGGGUGGGAAGAGGUGAGCGGCUACGAUGAGAACAUGAACACUAUCCGUACAUACCAGGUGUGCAAUGUCUUUGAGACAAGCCAGAACAACUGGCUGCGGACCAAAUUCAUCCGGCGCCGCGGCGCCCACCGCAUCCACGUGGAGAUGAAGUUCUCGGUGCGUGACUGUAGCAGCAUUCCCAGCGUGCCCGGCUCCUGCAAGGAGACCUUCAACCUCUACUACUAUGAGGCUGAUUUUGACUUAGCCACCAAGACCUUUCCCAAUUGGAUGGAGAAUCCGUGGGUGAAGGUGGACACCAUCGCGGCUGAUGAGAGCUUCUCCCAGGUGGACCUGGGUGGCCGCGUCAUGAAAAUCAACACUGAGGUGCGAAGCUUCGGUCCCGUGUCCCGCAACGGAUUCUACCUGGCCUUCCAGGACUACGGCGGCUGUAUGUCCCUCAUUGCUGUGCGGGUCUUCUACCGGAAGUGUCCCCGAGUCAUCCAGAAUGGUGCCAUCUUUCAGGAGACACUGUCGGGGGCUGAGAGCACCUCACUGGUGGCUGCUCGGGGCAGCUGCAUUGCCAAUGCUGAAGAAGUGGAUGUGCCCAUCAAACUCUACUGUAACGGGGACGGCGAGUGGCUGGUGCCCAUCGGUCGCUGCAUGUGCAAGGCGGGCUUCGAGGCUGUGGAGAAUGGAACGGUCUGCCGAGGCUGUCCAUCAGGAACCUUCAAGGCCAACCAAGGGGACGAAGCCUGCACCCACUGUCCCAUCAACAGCCGCACCACCUCCGAGGGUGCCACCAACUGCGUAUGCCGCAAUGGCUACUACAGGGCCGACCUGGACCCUCUAGACAUGCCUUGCACAACCAUCCCCUCUGCGCCCCAAGCUGUGAUCUCCAGCGUCAAUGAGACGUCCCUCAUGCUAGAGUGGACCCCGCCCAGAGACUCGGGGGGUCGGGAGGACCUUGUUUACAACAUCAUCUGCAAGAGCUGUGGCUCAGGUCGGGGUGCCUGUACACGUUGCGGGGACAAUGUGCAGUAUGCGCCCCGCCAGCUGGGCCUGACUGAGCCGCGCAUCUACAUCAGUGACCUGCUGGCACACACGCAGUACACCUUCGAGAUCCAGGCCGUGAAUGGGGUCACCGACCAGAGUCCCUUCUCACCUCAGUUCGCCUCUGUGAACAUCACCACCAACCAAGCAGCACCAUCGGCUGUAUCCAUCAUGCACCAAGUGAGCCGCACUGUGGACAGCAUCACCCUGUCGUGGUCCCAGCCAGACCAGCCCAACGGCGUAAUCCUGGACUAUGAACUGCAGUAUUAUGAGAAGGAGCUCAGUGAGUACAACGCCACAGCCAUAAAAAGCCCCACCAACACAGUCACUGUGCAGGGCCUCAAAGCCGGCGCCAUCUAUGUCUUCCAGGUGCGGGCACGCACCGUUGCAGGCUAUGGGCGCUACAGUGGCAAGAUGUACUUCCAAACCAUGACUGAAGCCGAGUACCAGACCAGCAUCAAGGAGAAGCUUCCUCUCAUCGUCGGCUCCUCGGCUGCCGGCUUAGUCUUCCUUAUCGCCGUGGUCGUCAUUGUCAUCGUAUGUAACAGACGGGGGUUUGAGCGUGCCGACUCAGAGUACACGGACAAGCUACAGCACUACACCAGCGGCCACAUGACCCCAGGCAUGAAGAUCUAUAUUGAUCCUUUCACCUAUGAAGAUCCUAAUGAGGCAGUGCGGGAGUUUGCCAAGGAAAUUGACAUCUCCUGCGUCAAGAUUGAGCAGGUGAUCGGUGCAGGGGAAUUUGGUGAGGUCUGCAGUGGCCACUUGAAGCUUCCAGGCAAGAGAGAGAUCUUUGUAGCCAUCAAGACCCUCAAGUCAGGAUACACGGAGAAACAGCGCCGGGACUUCCUGAGUGAGGCAUCCAUCAUGGGCCAGUUCGACCACCCCAAUGUCAUCCACCUGGAAGGGGUUGUCACCAAGAGCACACCUGUCAUGAUCAUCACUGAAUUCAUGGAGAAUGGAUCUCUGGACUCCUUCCUCCGGCAAAAUGAUGGGCAGUUCACAGUCAUCCAACUGGUGGGCAUGCUGCGGGGCAUCGCAGCUGGCAUGAAGUACCUGGCGGACAUGAACUAUGUGCACCGCGACCUUGCCGCACGCAACAUCCUGGUCAACAGCAACCUGGUAUGCAAGGUGUCUGACUUUGGGCUCUCACGCUUCCUGGAGGAUGACACGUCUGAUCCCACCUAUACCAGCGCUCUGGGUGGGAAGAUACCCAUCCGUUGGACGGCACCAGAAGCCAUCCAGUACCGGAAAUUCACCUCGGCCAGCGAUGUGUGGAGCUAUGGCAUCGUCAUGUGGGAAGUGAUGUCCUACGGGGAACGACCCUACUGGGACAUGACCAACCAAGACGUAAUCAACGCCAUCGAGCAGGACUACCGGCUUCCUCCGCCCAUGGACUGUCCUAGCGCCCUGCACCAGCUCAUGCUGGACUGCUGGCAGAAGGACCGCAACCACCGGCCCAAGUUCGGCCAGAUUGUCAACACGCUGGACAAGAUGAUCCGAAACCCAAACAGCCUCAAAGCCAUGGCGCCCCUGUCCUCCGGCAUCAACCUGCCACUGCUGGACCGCACGAUACCGGACUACACCAGCUUUAACACGGUGGACGAGUGGCUGGAGGCCAUCAAGAUGGGCCAGUACAAGGAGAGCUUUGCCAACGCCGGCUUCACCUCUUUCGAUGUCGUAUCUCAGAUGAUGAUGGAGGACAUUCUCCGGGUUGGGGUCACUCUAGCUGGCCACCAGAAAAAAAUCCUGAACAGUAUCCAGGUGAUGCGGGCCCAGAUGAACCAGAUCCAGUCUGUAGAGGUUUGACGUCCGCCCGCCUCGGCUCUCCUCUUCCUCCACGCCGCCCCCGAAGCCCCUGACGUCGGUCCCCCUGCUGCUCUGUCCACUGCAAGGUCAGCCACCUGCCAGGAGGCCACUGGCGACAGGAAGAGCCAAGCAGCACUCCAGCCAAGCCGUCACCAAGAACCCAUGCAAGUCAAAGGAAGGAAAAGGGAAUGGGGGGGACACGCAUCUAGAUCUGGGAGGGGGCGGGACAGGCAAGAAACGUUUGUUCCGAGAGUAUUCUCAUAAGGAGAGUGAUGGUUCUUAGAGGAGAAAAGAAAAAGGCUUGGGAGAUCCACAUGAUCCGUCCCGGUGGAGGCCAACUCCAGCGUUUCCUCUCCAACUCCUUCUGGGAAGGUUGACCUGGGCCAGAGCCAAGAAACACUUCCAGAGACAUUGGCAUGAAGGGACGAGGUGGGCCACCCUCCUUGCCUGGCCUUAGCUGUUUCUUGGAGUUUCACUGCUGACCCAGCCCCAGGCACAAGGGGUAGGGAGACGGGCAGUCGUUGCCCCAAACAGGCUCCGGGGAAGUCCAUUCCAGCUGCCACUGGCAGACAGGAGAAUAGUUCUGUCUUGGGAGACGGUUUCCAAAACUCCGAGAGACUUUCUGCUAAUGGUUCCGGAGGCAGAAGAGGAGCUCCGGGAGGGCCUCCCGGGUCACACCCAACAGGCUAGAUCUUCCUGAGGACAGCCGCCCAGGUCUGCAGCCCCACAAGGCCCCGCCCUGCACAGGUGCCAGCUCCUGCUCAGCCUCAGUCCGAGGACGACGAUGAGGAUGCUAGUGACUGUCGUCCGUCCGCCGCGACUGCCACCGAGCAGCACGCGCUGGCAUCUGGGUUUGUUUACAGCAAUUCCAUGGACUGAGGGUAUUUUGAUCAGGGGUGGUUUUGGUCUGGGGGUGGGUUUGUUUGUUGGGUUUUUUAAAAAAAAAAAUGACAAUGAAGAGACAUUUUGACAUUUCCUACCUUUUGAGGACUUGAUCCUUCUCCAGGAAGAAGGUGCUUUCUGCUUACUGACUUAGGCAAUACACCAAGGGCGAGAUUUUAUAUGCACAUUUCUGGAUUUUUUAUAUGUUUUUCAUUGACACCCUUCUCUCCUCCCACCUGCUGCCAGGCCUCACCAAAGCCAACUGUCACAGGGCCACCUGGGCCAUUCAGAGACCUCAGUGGGACUGGGGGAGCAGAGGGAGCUGCGUUGACGUCCCACACUGGACCACAGACUGCGGCAGCCAAGGGUUCCAAGGCCGCAAGUGCUCCCCUCCUCCCUGCACAUGUUCACGCUCUCUGCCCUGCUCUCUCUGGUACUUCCCAGGCACAGAGGCCCCCUCAGGUUCCAGGGUGCUCUCCGAUGGCCAAAACCCAAUUUCACCUCCAGGAGCCUGGACCAGGCUACCCGGGAGGAAGUCAGGACCCUGAUCAUUCACUGUGACACCCCAGCCCUCCUAGGGUACCCCGGGAGACCACGUGACUCUCUCUCUCCCACUCCUUCUUUCCCCCAUGAGGCCCUCUGCCCAGGUCUGAAGGUCUUGGCCAGAGGAACAUCAUCAGUCAAGGGGUCUGGCCGCAGACUCUCCUGUGAGCAAAUGCAGGGAACCCAAGGAGAACAAUCGGUUAGUGGAUCGAAUGGAAAUAAACGCUUUAGUU